AUGAAUGCGCGACGAGUGCUUAUGCUGCGGCUGGCGGUGUUUGUGUGCAUGGUCACCGUGGCCACCUGCUCCCAGUGCACGUGGGAGUACGAAAAGUCCAGCGUCGUCUGCCGGUUACGGACACUCGAACGUACCGGGCUCGAUCUGCAGGGUGCCGAAGGUACCACCCGGUUGGACAUCGCGUGCAGUGAGUUGAUACUGUUCGAGAGCCAACUGCCGCGGAACAGCUUUAGCCGGCUCGCGGCACUCGGCGAACUGCGGGUCGAGUCAUGCAAGCUGCUCCAGCUGCCCGACGGUGCCUUUGAGGGGCUGCUCGCCCUGAAGAAGCUGAGCGUUAACACGCGCAACUACGAGUGGGGCCCGGGCAAGGUGCUGGAACUGCAGGCCGGCUCGAUGCGCGGCCUUAAGGAACUGCAAUCGCUCGACCUGAGCGACAACAAUAUUCGUGCGCUGCCCGACGGCUUCCUGUGUCCGCUGACCGGGCUGAAGGUGCUGAACCUUACCAACAAUCGCUUCCGGUCGGCGGAAGCACUCGGGCUGGCGGAGAAGACGUGUGCCGGUGGGUCGGAACUGCAGGCGCUCAAUCUCGCGUACAACGAGCUGCGGGGCGUACCGACCGGUUGGGGCGUCUCGAAGUUGCGCCGUCUGCAGCACCUAAACCUCGAGUUCAACAACAUCUCCGAGGUGCACGGUGAUGCGCUGGCCGGGUUGGGUUCGCUCCGUACGCUCAACCUCAGCUACAACCAUCUGGAAACCUUGCCGGCCGGGUUGUUUGCCGGUUCGCGUGACCUGCGGGAGAUCCAUCUGCAGGGUAACCAGAUCUACGAGCUGCCGCGCGGACUGUUCCACCGGUUGGAGCAGCUGCUCGUGCUGGAUCUGUCGCGCAAUCAGCUCUCAUCGCACCACGUCGACAACGGUACGUUUUCGGGGCUGAUCCGGUUGGUGGUGCUGAAUCUGGCCCACAAUGCGCUCACCCGCAUCGAUGCCCGUACCUUUGCGGAGCUGUACUUUCUGCAGAUACUGGAUCUCCGCAACAACUCGAUCGGUUACAUCGAGGACAAUGCGUUCCUGCCGGUGUACAACCUGCACACGCUCAAUCUGGCCGAAAACCGACUGCACACGCUCGACGACCGGCUGUUCAACGGGCUGUUCGUGCUGUCCAAGCUGACGCUCAACAACAACCUCAUCAGCAUCGUGGAACCGAACGUGUUCCGCAACUGUUCCGACCUGAAGGAGCUCGAUCUCAGCUCGAACCAGCUGACCGAGGUGCCGUACGCAAUCCGCGACCUGUCGAUGCUGCGGGCGCUCGAUCUCGGCGAGAACCAGAUCGCACGCAUCGAGAACGGCACGUUUGCCAAUCUGAACCAGCUGACCGGGCUGCGGCUGAUCGAUAACCAGAUCGAAAACGUCACCGUGGGCAUGUUCGCCGACCUGCCCCGGCUGUCCGUGCUGAACCUGGCGAAGAACCGCGUGCAGAACAUCGAGCGCGGUUCGUUCGAUCGCAACCUGGACAUCGAGGCGAUCCGGCUGGACGGUAACUUCCUGACGGACAUUAACGGUAUCUUUGCGACGCUCGCCUCGCUGCUGUGGCUCAACCUGGCCGAGAACCACCUGGUGUGGUUCGACUACGCCUUCAUCCCGAGCAACCUGAAGUGGUUGGACAUCCACGGCAAUUACAUCGAGUCGCUCGGCAACUACUACAAGCUGCAGGAGGAGAUCAAGGUGAAGACGCUCGAUGCGAGCCACAACCGGCUGACGGACCUCGGGCCGAUGAAUGUGCCGAACAGUGUGGAGCUGCUGUUCGUCAACGAUAACCACAUCGGCACGAUCCACGCCAACACGUUCAUCGACAAGGUGAACCUGGCCCGGGUCGAUCUGUACGCGAACGCGCUCAAGAAGCUGCAGCUGCAUCAGCUGCGGGUCGCACCGGCACCGACGACCGAUCGGCCACUGCCCGAGUUCUACCUCGGCGGUAACCCGUUCGAGUGCGACUGCUCGAUGGAGUGGAUGCAGCGGGUGAACAAUCUGACCACGCGCCAGCAUCCGAAAAUUAUGGACCUACCGAACGUGGAGUGCAUUAUGCCGCAUGCCCGCGGGUCACCGAUCCGUCCGAUAGUGUCGCUGCAGCCGAAAGACUUCCUGUGCCGGUACGAGACGCACUGUUUCGCGCUGUGCCACUGUUGUGAUUUUGAUGCGUGCGACUGUGAGAUGACGUGUCCGUCGAACUGCACCUGCUACCACGAUCAAACCUGGGGCACGAAUGUGGUGGACUGCGGCAAUCAGGGUGCGGCCUCUACGGCGGCCGGUGGACUCCGGCCCGUGCCGAUGGACGCGACGGAGGUGUAUCUGGACGGGAACGACAUCCCGGAGCUGCAGCACCAUGUGUUCAUUGGGCGUAAGAAUCUGAAGGUGCUGUACGCGAACGCGAGCCACAUUACCACGAUCCAGAACCGAACGUUUGCGGGUCUGACGGCACUGCAGGCGCUGCACCUGGAGGACAAUGCGCUCCAGCGAAUCCACGGCUAUGAGUUCGACAAUUUGGCACUGUUGCGCGAGCUGUACCUGCAGAACAAUGCACUGCAGAGCAUCGCGAACGGGUCGUUCGCGCCGCUGUACUCGCUGCGGGUGUUACGGCUCGAUGGCAACCGGCUGGUGACGAUGCCGCUGUUCCAGCUGCAGGCAGCUCAGGGUAACCUGCAGGCACUGCAAUCCCUGUCGCUCGGGCGCAAUCCGUGGAGCUGCCGGUGCCGCUUCCUGCCCGAGCUGACGGCGUUUGUCGCGGACAACGCGGUCAUUGUGCAGGACCCGCAGGACGUGUACUGUGCGGACGACGGUGUGCACCGUGAGCUGGACUUUAACGUGAGUGCGGCGUGCAGUGACUUUUAUGCGGGCCGUUCCGUGCUACCCGGCGACCGGCUGUCCGAAACGUACAUCCUGCUGAUGGCCGGUGCGUUCGUGCUCACCUGCCUGCUGCUGCUGGCCGUGCUAGUGUUUGUGUUCCGUGAGCCACUCCGGUUUUGGCUGUUCUCGCGUUACGGUGUGCGUGUGUUCGGACCGCGGUGUGAAGAUUCGGAAAAGCUGUACGACGCGAUCCUGCUGUACUCGGCCAAGGACGCGGAGCUGGUGGCGCGCAGCAUAGCGGGCGAGCUGGAGAACGGGCGGCCACCGUUGCGGUUGUGCCUGCAGCACCGGGACCUGCCGGAGGACGCGUCCCAUCUGCAGCUGCUGGAGGCUUCCCGUGCGUCGCGCCGCAUUGUGGUGCUGCUGUCGCGCAACUUCCUGCAAACGGAGUGGAGCCGGUGCGAGUUGCGGCGGGCGGUGCACGAUGCGCUGCGCGGCCGUCCGCACAAGUUGGUGGUGGUCGAGGAGGGGGGCGGCGUGCUGCUGGAGGCGGAGAAUGAUGUGGAGCUGGUGCCGUAUCUGAAGACGACGACGGUCACGCGGGUACGGCGUGGCGAUCGUCACUUCUGGGAGAAGCUGCGGUACGCGCUGCCCGUGGAGGCACCGUACCGUGGCAACAACUACACCAUCGACCACCACGAACGGGUGAAGCAGACGGUCGGUGUCGGUGUUGGUGGCGGUGGUGGUGGUGGAGGCGGUGGUGCUGCUGGUGUUAUGUUCCGACAGCCACCACCACCGGCUUACUGUCCCGAAAUCGACGAGGCGAACUACUCGUCGGCGACGACGGCCACACCGUCGCCCCGUCCGUCACGCCGGGGCAUGGUCGAGGUGCCGACGCAGCGUCCACCGAGCGAACACAUCUACUCGAGCAUCGACUCCGACUACAGUACGCUCGAGUGCGAGAACAUGGUGAUGGCACCGGCCGGCGUACAUCGACCGUCGUGGCGAUCGGCUGGUGGCCAUCCGGUGCAGAACGGUGGCACGAUGCAUCCGCACGGUCCGGGUGCCGGUGGCCAUCACGUGCAGGCGUAUCUGGUAUGAGCUGUUAGUCCGUUAGUCAGUAGGUAAUAGUGCGGCAGUGCGUCACCGCGGAACACAGAUGCGGAACUGAGAAGAAAAAAGGGAAGUGCUCUAAACUGACGUGUAUAGGACAGGGUUCGUAGGCGGUGCAGAGUGCUCGCGUAAUUGUGUAAAAAGAAAUCCCGGCUCUUAAACAAUUCUUUAGUUAGUUCUUUGUAAGUGCUGUAAAAUUGUAAAUUCGUUCGUGUGUUUUCGUAUUAUUAUUAUUAUUAUUAUUAUUAUUAUUUUGUUCAUUCGCUUAGUCGCUCCGUGCCCGUGUAAGCCGUGUACAUGUACAUCUAAUGAUCGUUUUUUUAUUGUAUUUAAUUUUAUUUGCUCGAGAAGUGGAACGUGCGGUUGAUUCGAAGGUAAAACAAGAAAGGACACUCAUUUCUGUUCGCAAUCCCGCCACUAUUUCUCUUACAAACGAAAACCAACACACACACAGUCAUCUCUUAAAGUAUUACUAGCAAAAAAACGAACGGGGAAAUAGAAUACAAAAUGGUUGGAAAGCGUAAUGGCGGUCCCCGUAAAGUAAACUAAUUAACGGUUUUGACGCUUUUCCGAGUGAAGUAAACGCGAAAAAAGGGAAGGCCGAAUAAGGAAAAAAAAACUAUUUGUGAUAUCGUAUUUAAUAAGUUUUAAAUGUAAUCAAUCGGCAAGAAAAAACAAAAACUAACGCGAACGAAAAUCGAGGCAGUGUGUGAAAGCGAUAAAUGAAAAGAAAGGUAGACAAAAUACUACACCCGUACACCAAACUCACUCUAAGGUUCAGCUUAUGGGCGCACAGACUUUUAGUUUCAGCUAGGUUAAAAUAAAACGAACAAAUUGUGUGACACAAGUGUAUCCAACUUAACGUAGGAAGCUCAAAACAUGCAAAACCCCGAUCGUUGAAAUAAAAGAAAAACAAAACGUAAACGAAGGAUAAAACUUUAAAACAAAUAUGAUUUCUUUUUUUAUUUCGAUUCGAUUUCAUUGGCAUUUCUAGACACAGAAAGAAGGGAACACUUCGGG